AUGUUGCCCCUGCUCCUGCCCCUACCCCUGCUUACCACCACCCCCAGUCCAAGCGACAGCAGCAGCGGCGAUGGCAGCGGCGAUGGCAGCGGCGGCCCCGCGGGCGGCGACGCCGCUGCGGCGGCGGGGGCCGCCCGCCGCGCGGCUGGGGCCCACGGCGGGGACGAGGCCCUGGAAGAGGAGGCGUUUGCAUUCCCCACGCUCGGCGGUGGCGGCGGCGGCGGCAACGGCGCCAACAGCGGCAGGCGCAGCAGCAGCAGCGGUGGCGGCGGCGGCGGCGGCGGCGGGGCCGCCGCGGCGCACGUGGCGGUUGGGGCGCCCGACGCGGGCUAUGUGGCGUCGCGGCGGCUGCUGACGAUGGCGGGGGUCAAGCUGCGCCAGCACAAGCUGCGGGGCCUGAUCGUGGUCAACCCCAGCUGCUGA